AUGGAGAACUUAAAAUUAAUUUUUUGUCUCUUAAUUAUUCAAUUUGUCUCGUUGUCUACUCAAAGUACGACUGAACCUCCACCCCCGAUAUGUCAGAUUACUUGUGAAAGUAGAGAGCACUGCAAUGUAUAUGUCAAUUAUGACGUUUGUGAAUGUGUUUAUCAGUGCACAACAACACCUGAACCAACAACUUGUGACCCUGGCGAAUGUUCUGGCCCAGAUCGAUUUUGUACUUAUAUGAGAAAUCCCGAAACUUGUGAAUGUGAAGUCCAAUAUUGUUGCACCGUAAUAAGCUGUCCUAACGGUUAUGAAGUUUGUGAUUCUUGUUCCAACUGUCGCUGUAAUCCAGACAAUACCACACCACCUGAGAUCACUACGACAGAACCUCCACCGCAAUGUACUCUCUGGUGCCCAGACAAAGAUGGCUGCAGAACUAUUUAUAAUUAUGAUGAAUGCCGUUGUGAUUAUGAAUGCACUGAUACUACUCCAGGACCUACAACUUGUGAACCUGUCGAAUGUCAAGGUUCGGAUCGAUUUUGCGAAUAUAGAAUAAAUUCUGAGACAUGUGAAUGUGAACCAUUUGUGUGCUGUUCACCUCCAUAUUGUCCUAAUGGAUUUGAAGUUUGUGAUUCGUGUUCGAACUGUCGGUGCAAUCCAGAUAUCACUACACCACCCUACACCACGACAGAACCUCCACCGCAAUGUACUCUCUGGUGCCCAGACAAAGAUGGUUGCAAAACUAUUUAUAAUUAUAAUGAAUGUCGUUGUGAUUAUGAUUGUACAGCAACAACUCCAUCUUCAAAAGUUUUCAAAUGUGUCCAAAUUUAA